CUGCCUAUAAAUUUCAAGUCUCAAAAUGUCCCACGAUUGCCCGGUUCAUAAUAAGGAAGCCCAUGCCUUAACCAUUACCAGGUCCCCACACUCGGACGCCGCCAAGAUCGCCAUGUGCGCCUGCUUGGAAUUGGCUACAUGUCAGGCUGAAAACUGCCAGCUGAAGCAGAAACUGGUCGAAUACCAGGCCAAGAUCUGCAGUCUCGAGCAGCAGGUGGCCACCAUUGCGGAGGAGCAGAACCAGAUCCUCAAAGAAGUGGUGGAGUUGCGCAAAGAGACUCACGCUGCACCGAUGGAAACCGAUGGAAACAUAGUGGAUCCUUUGGACAACUCAUCCGUGGUGCAUCAAGACGAUCUCGAGGAUGAGAAUGGAUACAACCCGGAUUCUGACUCCGAGCAAGACGGUAUCCAGACUUCCAUUUUAUCAACACAUUCUUCGAUUGCUUCGCUGGUUUCUUUGAGUUUUUCAUCCACCAGCUCCUUGGAACAGAACAUAUCUAAUGAUAGCUCUGAUUCUGAAUACGUUGGAUUUAUAUAUAGUGAAAAUGAGGAGAAUUUGGAAACCGAUCUCAUUCCAACCGCGUCAUUUCCAGAAGUUCCGCUGCUACAGAAUUACAUUUCCGAUUCCGAUGGCGAACAAUAAUACGCCCACUCGCAAAUGUACAUAUACGCAAAUGCUCAAAUAAAUAGUCGGUUGUGCUUCAUAUAGUAA